UGCUGGGAGCCGUGGAGCCCCCACCUCACACCUAGCAAUGGCUGAGUCUGGAAAGCAACUGCCUGAGGAGGUGCUGGCACUCAUCUUCCAAUACCUGCCCCUAUGGGACCGUGCUGCUGCCGCCAGGGUCUGCAGAGCCUGGGCUACUGCUGCCACCUGCAGCACCGUGUGGCAUGACACGAACAUCAGUUUCUACUGUGAGCAAGAAGUCAUGCUGCCACCAUAUCUGUCCGCCUGCCUGGACCACGUUCGCAACCUGCAGCUGGAAUUUGAGCCAUCGAGGGAACCGAGCCGCCGGAUGGCCACAGAGCUGCUGACUGCACUGGCGGGCCGUACCCCAGGUCUUCGAGGCCUGUGCCUGGAGUGCCUCGGAGAGAAGCCGCUCUUCGAUGCAGGCCGCGACGUCCUGGACGCUGUGCAUGCUAUCUGCCGGGCUGCUCCCUCAUUGCGUCACCUAGACCUGCGGGGCUUACCCUUCACUCUGGAUGACGCGCUCGUGCUACAGGUGGCACUUGGCUGCCCUGAGCUCCGCAGCCUUUUCCUGAACAACGGUACCCUGGUGGGCAGCGUGGGGCCAGGCUCCCUGCUCCAGCUACUAGAGGCCUGCCCGCGCCUGUGCACCCUCGGCCUACACCUAUCCAGCCUGUCACACACUGCCCUGGAGGUGCUGGUAGCACCAGACCGCGCACCUUUUGCGCUCCUGGCCCUGCGGUGCGCCUGCCCUGAGGAUGCACGCGCCCCACCUCUGCCUAAUGAAGCCUGGGCUGCAUUACGCCGCCGCCACCCUGGACUAGUUGUGGAGGUGGAACUGGAGCCGGCAAUGCCUGCUGAGAGUGUAAUGCACGUCCUGCAGCCUGCAGUGCCAGUGGCUGCGCUGCGCCUCUGCCUCUCCGGAGACACCGUAGGUCCAGUGCGCUUUGCAGCGCUAUACUACGCCGCAACCUUGCGCGUGCUCGAGGUGCGCGCAGCUGCCUCUGCCAAGCUGGAUUCCGCACUGGAAUUGCUAGCCUCGCUCUGUCUGGGCCUGCGCGAAGUACACUGCUUCUGUGUAGUGCGACCCUCAGUCCUGCACGCCUUCCUCCGGCACUGCCGGCACUUGCGCAGCUACACGCUCAAACUAACACGGGAGCCACAUCCCUGGCAGCCCAAGCUUGUCGAAUGA